AUCGCGAUAGCGUUGAAAGGAAUCCCUUAAUUCUCUUGCCUGAUUCAAUUCUUUUGUAUUGUCCUCACAUUCAUUACAUUCAUCGUUUCUUUUACUUGUCUCGGAUCUCCUAUCACCUCUUCCGCACUCUCCUCCAUUUGCUCCUUCGUCGGCAACAUGUACGGCGCUGCCCGACAGGGCCGUUUCGCCUUCAGAGCACUCCGUUCCCUCCAAUCGACCUAUACCUCCUCUACCCUUUCCCGAUUAUCACCUUCCUCCUGCAGGACGAUAACCUUCAGAUCUACUCGCAUCAGUCAGUUCUCGUCAAUCUCACAAUAUCGCCAACAUGCCGUUGCCGCAGAUAUGGGCGCCGAGGACGUCUCGGACGUCCAACGUGAAUAUGCCACUUUUUCAGAGCUGGGGGAGGUAGGCAUUGUGGACCAAAGGAUUGUAGACAAUCUUGUCGUCAAGAGAGGCAUCGACGAAAUGACCGAAGUCCAGCGAAUGACUAUCAAUGAGUGUUUAGACGGUGCCGAUGUUGUUGCUCAGGCUCGGACUGGUACUGGAAAGACUUUGGCAUUUUUGACACCAAUUGUGCAGCGCAUACUGAAAGACCCCUCUUUAGAGGGCAGACGUCCCAAUAUUGGCGAUACCAGGGCCUUGAUCAUCUCCCCGACUCGAGAACUCGCGGAGCAGAUUGCUGCAGAAGCCCGCAAGCUCGUCUACGGAACAAGAGUUCAAGUCCAGACUGCUGUAGGUGGUACUCAGAAACAGUAUCACCUUAAGCUCAUGCAGCGUAUGGGUUGUCAUAUCCUGGUUGGCACGCCUGGCCGAAUCAAUGAUCUCUUAUCCGAUCGCUACAGCGGACUCAAGCUUGACAACAUUGAGACGUUUGUUCUGGACGAGGCUGAUCGACUCUUGACUAUCGGAUUUUCAGAGGCAAUCGCAGAAAUCCAGACAUACAUGCCUCCUCUCGAAACAAAGGACCGCCAGACCCUCAUGUUCUCAGCCACCAUGCCCAAGUCCGUGGUGGGUUUGGUGAGACAGACAAUGAAGCCAGACUUCAAAUUCGUCAGAACCGUCGACCCGAACGAGUCUGCUACGCACGAAACAGUACCACAAAAAGUUGUUUACUUGCCGGCUCUGCAGAACCAAAUCCCAUCAGUCACCGAAAUCGCCUACAAAGCCAUUCAAGCACACAAACAAGACCCUCAUAACAAUAAACCCUUCAAAGCCAUGAUCUUCUAUAGCUCGGUUAAUGAAGUGAGACUGGCUUAUGAGAUCCUGAAAAAUCUUGGUGACCGCGGCCAGAGAGGAGGAUUCUUCGCCCCACAUCCCCUAUCACCGUGCAAAGUGCUCGAGAUCUCGUCUCAGCUGACUCAAAGCCAGCGUGAGAGAAACACUCAGGAAUUCCGCAACUCGACCAGUGCUAUCCUGGUGGCCUCUGAUGUUGCAGCUAGAGGUAUGGACUUCCCAGAUGUUACGCAUGUUAUUCAAGUCGGUUUACCCAGAAGUACUGAGGAUUACAUCCAUCGACUGGGUCGAACUGGACGUGCUGGCAAGUCUGGACAGGGUUGGUUGAUCUUGCAAGAUGACGAACGUUACGAGUUCAGAUCGCUGAUGCGCGACAUUCACGCACACAACAUCAGCGAAGAUGAGAAUCUGGAGACAAGCAAGCUAGACAUGACCCAGCCUUCACAACUGUCAGUGGAUGCUGGCAAGAUCAUGCAAUUUGUUGAGACAGGAGUCAAGUCUACUUCGAUGAUUGACAAAGCCAAGGCGUACUUGACUAUCAUGGGGGGUUUGGUUCAAAGCCAGGCCAGCAGGAGCAAGCAAGCCAUUGUGGACAUGGCCAACGACCUUGCCAAAUAUGGUUGGGGUCUUGAGACUCCACCUCGAGUCUCUAGUCAUUGGGUUGCUAAGAUGGGUUUCCAAUCUACCAACGGUCUGAAUAUAACUGCAGAUAUGGAUCGCGACCCCAGACAGAUGAGGGGAGGAGACCGGAGAUCAAGGGGUCGGUAUGAUCAGGACGACCCAUUUGGUUCAGGUGGAGGUAAGGGCGUCUUCCGAGGCGGCAAUUCCGAAGGCGGUUUUGAGAACCGACGAUCUACUGGCGGCUUUGGGGAUCGAAGGUCUGGUGGAGGCUACAACGAUCGACGCUCUCGCUACUAAACAGAUUCAUCCGAAUCAAGAGUUCCAUGAGGGUGUUUAGGGUCGGUUGUUGGAGCCUAUCGACUAUGCUAUGCACGGUCAUUCCCGGCAGUGCGCCAUGCAUGCUCCAAAUCUUGAUCUCUGAGAUCCUCAGGCAAGGGAGACGUUCGAUGGUACAAGCCUUUCAGCAGCAUUCUCCAUUCAGAACAAUUCUACCUCUGAAGCCACACUUCGUCUCCAGCACAAGCAGGGAUCUCGAACCAUGAGGCCACCCUUUCUAUCAUUCACAACAGCUGUAUUAACAACUCCAGCCUUGCCAUGUCGCUACGAUCCGGACUGAUCUCCCUACCAUACAUAUGAUGAGGGAGCGACCAACUCACCUUUCAACCUUUCGAUUCCCAUCUCUGGCGCUAUGCGAGCAUUGUGUCGGAGAAAACGAAAGUCAAAUGUGCAUGUAGAAUUCUUUUAAUGUGUGUAUAUCAGAGCGGUAUAUUUGUGUUAUGCGAGGAAUACUUCUUCUCGAUUGUUUGCAUACAAGAUGGUGCAGGGAUGAGGCAUUAACUCGGCGGGUGUUAAAGGGCGUACGAUGGAAAACAUUCGUUGUGUGUGUGUAUUUGCUACGAACAAUACCUUGGGUUGGGAAAAAGGACGAAGGGGAAAACAGGAUAGAAACCAUCUCCUCUAAUGCUACACAACUACUCUUCUAUACUCUCGGAUUCUUUACUCGGA